AUGUUUUUUUUUCUACAGAGAACACUUGAAAAAAGGAGUAGGGGAGAGCCGCAUCACCCUGCAUUAAAAAUUGCUGCGGUUCCAACUAUUUUUGCCUACAAGUCUAAUGCAAGACAGUGCAGCGCCCGCAGGUCUAGGAGGCGAAAGCAUUUGGCAUCAACAGACAGUGACAAAAUAUUAGAUGACCUGAACACUGCUUGCAGUUUUGCUCAGCAGUCACCUGACAACAGUGAUGAUGAUAAUGCAAGUGAUUCAUCAGGCAUGACUUCAUGUGUAGCAGUUGAGAAUCAGCCUUCAGUAAAAGAUGUCAGUGUACAGACUGAUCCUCCAAUGCUCCAAUAACCCAGCAGUCCACACUACCAUAUUAUGUUAUUUAUGGCAGCAUUGGUCAUGUUGUGGUAGAUCACAGCUACACAAGGGUACAAUUUAUAGGUUUUGCAGGUGUUUGUUCAGAGCAAUAUUGGCGGUAUGCAGCCAAGCACAAUAUCCUGCAAUGUAAAUAAAUCUAGUUAAUUUUACGCUGUCUAUAAAGUGUUUUCCCCCACUGAAUCUGUGAACACGUUAACAUUAUUUUCUAAUGAGAUUUUAAAUGAGUUUUAAGGAGAUCAAUCGAAUCUGUGAAAUUGGUAUAGUAUAAAAAAUCCAUCUGAAUGUGUCAGAAAUACAAAUGCAUAAAUAUUGUUUUAUUUUAAUCUGACAUUAAACAUGUAUCCUAAUUAAUUCAUUACAUCGCUACACACUAUUAGGUAUGAAAUUGUUUGUUGACAUGACAUUAGAUGCACCUUAUUAGAUGCACUCAUUUCUCAUGCUUCGAUGGGUGGACAUCAUAUACUGAGUGCUGCAUAAGUUAUUGAACUGUUAUAAUGUAUAUAUAAUAAAUGCCCUUUACAACAGUGUACCAGGGCA